CCCCAUUUAACCGGCGGCGUGGGAAGCCUCAGUUCCACCGUUGAGGAGCAUAGAUUCUGCCUCCGACAAGCUAAGGGUUACUGAUGCUCUUGGAAAGGCUGCUCGUUAAAUUUCCUGUUGACGUCUUUUAUAAUCAAGAAAUUUGAUUUCAUCUUUUCCAUUAUGUAUAUGAUUUGAAUCUGAGGUCUUUGAUGUGUUUUGAGCGUGACGUCUCAAACUUCUCCUUUUUGUUUGUUUGCUUGAUCUCUAAUAAUUUUGUUCUUCAGUGCUUCGGAAGAUGUCAAACCUGAUGGUACCAUCCAACUAUACGCCUAUGCAUGUGAAAUUCUUGAAGAAGAUGGGAUAGAGCAAAUAGCCUUUGAUCUCGAGAAGUAAGUUCUUGCUUACCUUCCCAAGUUCAAGUUCAAGUUCCAUUGCACAUGGAUAUGUUAUUAAUAAUUUGUGAAAGAAUAAGCUUUUCUAUGCUUCAGAUACCUACAGCAACAAGAAACAUGAACAGUUUAGUAUAAUUUGAAAAUGUGAUACCAGUUCCUGUAUCUGAUCUUUUCAUUUUUGUCGGUAGGAUUGAUGCUUUUCUGAAAAUGAUCAGAACGGAACUGCUAGCAGGUUGUUCACAGUCUAUAAUGAAACCUACAUCGAUCAAAUCAAGAAAGUGCAAGUUCAGAUGAAUGCUGGUGAAGAUCUCGACUAGGAUGAUCUCACUUAAAGAUUCUCCUCUUUGUAAAGUUAAGACUCCUACACUUGGCUUAUGUUCAAGCCAGAGUACUUAAAGAAAGUUAUCAUUUUGGUCCGAUCCUGGUUACGUGAAUGAUUUGAUUAUAAAGGCUCUGAAUAAAGUUUUGUGCUUGUUUCUAUACUAAAACCCACUUGAGCACUCUUUCAAGCCUUUGUUUUAAUUUGUUUUAAUAUGUUUAACAUAUUCUGGUAAUUUCUUCAUUUGUGGUAAUGUUAGCGAAACCUUCGUAUAUCUGCGUAUCAAUAUCAUUUUCGUAACUAGUUUUGUCGUUCACUGCUAUAGUUUCACUCUUCUUUCCUUUAUGAACACCAAAUAACCAUUUGGAGUUUCCAGAUAUCAAUUUACUACAAACAACUUUUACGUGAGACAUGAAUGAAAAGGAACGAAAUUUAUGACAUAAAUCGUAAUUCCAUUAAAGAAAAACAUGUCUGGUAACUUUUGUAGAUUAGGUUUAUUUUUCUUGGUUUAAAUUAUAGUUUUGGUUAUAGUUUGAUUUACUUUAAAAAAAAAGUUUGAUUUACUUAAUUUAAUUUGUUGGUUAGAAAGAUUUUGGUUUAAUUCAAUUGAAACUAUCAGUAUACAAAAAAAAAAUCAGAAUUUAAUGGUUAAAUCAAGUUUUCAAUAACUUGUGGCCAAAAAAUUAACAAAUCUGUUGCCAAUGUAAUUUUUUUUGUCAAAUUGCAUUAAAUAUGUGGUCAAGGAAUAAAUAAAUUUAUCAAAUUAACAUUAAAGCAGUCAAAAUUAAGUAUAUCUGCGAUAAAAAUAUAAUAAAUAUAUCAAACCCAUAUUAAAUUCUUCAAUAUUACGUAAAUAUGUGAUCAAAAGAUAAUAAAUCUGUUAAAACCUAAAUAAAUCUAUUAAAAAUAUGUAAACCAGUGGCCAAAGAAAAAAAAAAUUAAUCUACCGAAUCUUAUAAAAAUCUGUUAAAGUUAAUUAAAUUUGUCGGCAAAUAAACUAAAUUUAUUUAAAUUUUUUUUAAAAACAUAAAUAUGUUGACCAAACGUGAAAAAUUCGUAGAAAUAUAAUUAGUUUAUAGAAAUUAAGAUAAAUCUGCCACAAAAAAAAGUUAAAAAUAAGUUUGUAAUUACAUUAAAACGUGAACAAAAUAAGUCUACUAAUAAUGAGGUUUUCGUAUUUAUUAGUUUUAUAUCAAAGGAGGUAGGGGCAAAACAGGACUAAAUAAAAUUAGUAAUUAUAAUAAAAUUAGAGUAUUUCUAGUAAUCAACUAAUGAAUUAGGGUUAAACGAAAAAUUUCCCAUUAAUUUAUUAAUAAAAUAAUUAUAAAUAUUUAAACUUUCUUUUUUUACGUUGAACAUCUUGUACUCCGCCUAAAAAUGCUUUUGCUGUCAACUCUCUUGGCGAUUCUGGUGAUCACUUUCGGCAAUAAAAACCUUUCAUUUGAUGAAAAACAGAUGCGAAGAAGAAAAAAGAAAAAAGAUCGUUGAAUCAAAAAAGUUGAAUCAAUAUGAUUCAAUGUAACUCAAUGUCAAAAACAAGAUAAGUUUAGAUAAAAUCAUAAGGUUUUCUCAGAUUUAAAACAUAGAAUACAUAUUUAAAAGAAAAAGAUAAAACACAUAUAUAACCGUAGAGUAUAAAUUCUAAUGUGUUUAGAACAUAGCAUACAUGUAAGGAGUAGUUGUUUUAUCUACGAUAUAUGAUAGAGUAAGCGAUAGAACAUAAAUGAACAUUGUCUAUAUUUUUUAACAAUGAAGUAAAAAGUCUACAAUAUAUGUUGUACUUUAUAAUAGUAAAGAGGUUUGGUUAGAACUGAGAUACACAUAUUCUAUAUUUAGAUAUAUCAUAGAGAAUACUUUAAAAUAUGAAUUAUAAUAUUUAAAAAAUGUAGAAGCUAGAUCAAUUAGAACAUUUAUUUAGUCUUUGUAAAAAGUUAUAAUAUGCAAUCUAGCAAAUCUAGAUCAACAUAUCCAAAAAAAUUUUGGAAUUAAAUUUUUGUAUUUUAAAACUUGUAAAAUAUUUUAAUGAUCAUAUUGAUUUUCCAUAUUUUUAUUUAUAUUUAGUUUUAAUAAUUUUUGGUAUUAUGAAGAUAAUUAUUUUAAAACUGUCUAGUUAAUACAAAAGUGUAAAGAGACAAAAACAUUCUCAUUAUGGCCUAUUUUGUGGAUUUCUCAUUUAUAAAAAGGUUAAAAAGCAGAUUAAAACUUGUUCUUCACUAAAAAAACUUAAAUUCUCAAUAAUGGUAACUUUAUAUUUUAUACAAAAAGACAAACAGAAAAGAGACUACAAUUCAGUGUGUCCUAAUUUGUGAAUAUAUAUUGCCUAAGUGAUUCAUUGACUAUAUUACUUCCAUUUACAAAUGCAAAACACAAAAACAUAUCCAAAGCUUCCUUUUACCAUGAAAUCAUCUAUAUAAAGAUCAUUACUACUGAAGAAAUAAUUUAUCAUUCCAAGAAAAAUAUUAAAAAUGUCAGAGCCCAAAAAUAAGAAGAUCAAACGCAUUGACGAGCUGCCUGAAGAUCUCACUGUAGAGCUGCCUGAACAUCUGGUGGAGUACAUCAUAUCAACGUAUUUCCCCAUCCAAUAUGUUCUACAAAACCGUGUUGUGUCCAAAACAUUCAGGGAAGCAGCGAUUCGAUCCCGAGACCUUGAUUUCGGCAGGAUAUACUCCAGGAGACGUAGUCAAUCAGAGGUUGUACAUAUAAUUGAAGAGAUUUUUAAUCAACACAAAGGAUCAGAAAUCAACCGAUUUGUUCUGAUUCUCAAUCAUAUUGGCGUAGAGGAUAAGGUACUCUCGUGGGUAAAAACAUGCCUAAGUAAAAACAUUCAAGAGCUGACGUUAAACUUCUCCAAAUCCAAGAAAGUCAUGGAUCUCUCUGUUGAUUUCUCGGCCAUCGAGACACUAACUGUCUUGAAUCUAAGAUGGUGUAAAUUCGAAAUACCGAAUAAUACCCCAAAGGGUUUAAGACUCUUGAGGACACUUGGGCUCAUGAAGUCCAACGUAACACCAGAGAUGAUAGAUGCAAUAUUCAGCAACUGCAUUCACCUCGAGACGCUUGAACUAACCAGAUGCAUAACGCAUGGGGUAUUGAGCAUCAAUGCUCACAAUCAUAAGAAGUUCAAGGAACUGGUCCUGUAUUGUAUGCCUAAUCGCUUGCAAAUCAUUUUAGAUGCACCUACUCUUGAAUGCUACAAGUAUGAAGGAUUUGUUAGGAUUCUUGACUUUUCAAAAGUGGACGCACUUAAGGAGGCGAAACUCCAUUAUAUCCAGAAUUACAAUUGGCGUUAUUACGAUUCGUCUAACAUGGUGCUUGCUAACAUGGUGGCCUAUACAGGAGUUCAUGUCCUCUCAACGACAAAUAUCUUUCUUGAGGUAUUCAAGGAAAGAUACAUAGAGGGAGAAAUGAGAAGCCCCAUUUUCAAAUUUUUGAACUUGAAAGAAUUCAGUAUUCUUUUAAAAGCUCCAAACUUGUGUACUCUUUAUCACAUUUCUGAAUUCCUCAAAAGAUCCCCUAAGGUCGAAAAGGUUUUGAUCGAUAUUAAGGAGUUCACAUUUGAACCUGGUAUGCUUUGGAUAAUUCAUCAAAUGUCAUAUAUGGAGAGCAGCAACUGCGAGUUUAACUCUAUCAAGGAAGUCACGAUUGAUGGCUACAAAAACCAUUGGCAUGAGCUUGAUAUAGUGGAGUUCUUUUGCGGGCACGCAAAAUCGCUAAAGAAGUUGAAGUUGUUCAUGCCAAAAAACAUUAAGAAAAGAGCUCGCGGACUCGAUUAUGCUAGGUUGGAUUACAUAAGAAGCAGAUUUCCAGGUGUUAAAGUGGAAGUUUAAAUUCAGGAUAUGACCAAGCAUGGCAAACUAUAAUAGCUCUUUUGAUGUGUUUUCAGAAAAAAAUAUUUAAUGCUAUUCUCUGAGAUUUGAACUCUUUUGUUUUUAGUUUUGGUAAUGUUUAAGCUAUAAACUAUGUCAUGAUCCGCGUAACCUCGCAGAUUUCUUUUCUAGCUAAUGGAAUAAAACAUAUAAAUAAAUAAAUAAUAUGAUGUGUGGUGUUA